CAAGAAACCAAUAUAAGAUCUUCACACAGACCAAAUUGAUGAGUUGCGCUUAAGCUUCAACACGCAUCUUUUUAUUUUGACGCACAUCUAUAGCACUAGCAGCGCAGCAGACAGCACUAUCUAAGUAUCUACUAGCGCAGCUAUAGAAUAUCUUUAUGGAUGAACACGACAAAUAGCAUUAACAGAGUGGAAAGCGAUUUCUUUAUCUAGGUUACUAGCGGUAUCGUCUUCAGCAUCUGACUCUUACGACAAGCGAUGAAAAUACGAUUUCAAGAAUGAGUAAACGAAUAGAAAUGCCCUAAAGAACCUAAGUAACCUAACCAACGCUAAGUCAUCAACAGAACGAUAAUAUUUAUUUCGGACACGAUAUCGAUAUGCACCGCCACCGCCGGUGAAUCAAUCAAAAAGAAGGCAAAUCAGUUGAUAUUUACGCCAGGAGGUUUUCUCCAAUUUUUUGUCUCAAAAAACCACAAAAUGACCGAACAGCGAUUGCAUUUGUACUCUGGCGCGCCAAAAAUGAGAAUUGUAGCGUUCGCACUGGUGUUCGCCCACUCCGCCGCGAUCGCCGGAGGAUUAUCACUCAGAAGGACCGUAGGAGUUCCCUCCACGCGCGGAGAUGGGAGUGUGGGCACCGCAGCGAGUGCAGAUAAGAGAAAAAAUCCCAUUACAAGCACAACGUCUCCUUUGAGAACUUCCGUCGACCCGCUUUCACUAGCAGGCUCUAGCACGACCGGCGGUUCGGCGGUACAGUCCUUGCACGACGUUUCCGCACCCUCCCGACCACCGGACAACAACAUCACAGCGCAGCCUUCUUUUGUGAGAUCCCCCACCAGCAGAGGAACUUCCAGCACAAACCCGCUGCAACUCCAACUGCAGGAUCAGCCGGCGUCGACCCAGUUCCAGUCGCCGGAUCAUGCAGCACAACAACUGGCAGCCGUGUGCAGCAGUGCCGGAGCAAUUGCAACCGCAGAGGCGAAUCCGAAUCCCAGCGCCAGCGGGGGCCAACACAGCUUCACCCUGAUGGCGAGCCUCUUUGAAACUGUGCUCGCCCAGGCCGGUAGCGCACGAAUGCCGCAAAUCCCAACGAUGAGCGUGAAACAGAUGCAGCGGCUAGUGACGCACAGCUGCUACACACUUCUACGCCGAAUGCAGCACCAACAGAGCGCCGGCUCGUCUUCCCCAGGAGCUGCACCUGGACAUCAACAAGCAGAAGAGCCUUCAAGUGAUCAUUCCGAACAGCAGCGCACGCCUGUAGUCGGCGGCACCACGACGACAGCUGCGACCGAUGGAGCAUCAAGCUUCGCAGGUGGAGCUGCAGCAUCUGCUUCCGCAUCUUCCCCACGUCGUGUUUCUGCCAGUGCCUUCGGGUCUGCGUCUUCAUCAGGAGGUAGUUCUUCCGCGUCGUCCGACCGAAGCCCCACGUCUAGUACCCCCACACCUGCAGGCGUUGGCGCCGCGUUGCAGUUCCUUCUCGGUGUGGCGCAGGGUCUGCGUGGCGGAGGUGCCCCACCUAAGCCUUCCAAAUCCUCCUCGUCCCGUCGGUCCGGCAAGAGAAGUAGUAGACCACGCGUGCCUUCCCCGCCGGACGGGGGACCCUUGAAGCGCGUAGAACAAGUGGACGGGGGUCUGGCGAGCUUGGGGCCGUACGCAGCUCGGGCCGAAGAACCGGAACUCCUGAAGGGCGCCAGCAGUAGUGGUCUUUCCAGGGCGGGCAAGGGGAUGCACAAGUCAAAGUCUUCCAGUAGUGUGAGUUGUAAUCUGGCUGGUUUAGCUACAACUAGCGACGAUGAGGAACAGUGUGGCAGCCGCGGCAGGCACCACCGGAUGAACUCACCACCUGGACGAGGGACUAGCGCUGGCGGCAGCGGCGCGGCCGAAGUGGAGCCUCGCCCUCACUUCUCACCGCCUGACCGGUCUCGCAGUUCGUCUAGCACAAGCUUUGGAAGCGGAGUUUCCUCCCCGACGAGAGGCUCAAGCUCGCCUUUGACCGCAUCCCCCUUGCGACAGUUUUCGGGUGGCAGCGGGGAUAGGGGUACUGCGUCGGGAUUUUCACCUCAGGGGUUGGGACCAACAAGGUAGUAUACUGCGCUUCGGCUAUGAAAGAUGGAGCGCAACUUUAGUGUUAGGCAAAAUACAACUCAGGCGCAUCGAUCUUAAAACGCUCUAUGAUGAUCGUCUUCGUUGUUCCGUCAUGUUGAUGUAGUUGGUCGUGGUUUCAAUUUUAUCAAAUUUUGAUCUUCCCCCGAAUAGUGAUCACAUGACAAGAUGGAUAUCACGAUAUGGUUAUCUCAACGACAAAAUUACAUCACAGCGGCAGUGCGGCCAAGGACGAUGAGCACUUGCUUCGAGACUUUGUUCUUCAGCCCGCUUCCGCCGACCCAAAAAUGCAAGAGGAGGAUCUGAAGAUAUUGCAGAACGAGAUUGAGGCGGCGCUGCACGAGUCGCUUUUGGCAGUUACACAGUCUCCAGUCGAAGGACUAGGAAGCCCGGCGGGCGGUGCUGCACCCACAUCUUCUCCGACUGCGGCAUCGUUCAGCGACUCCUCGUCCGGCGAUCCGGAUAGCUUUCGCAGACGCGGUAGUUUGAAUCAAUUCUCCACCCUACAACGGUCCUUCUCUUCCGGACAUGAGCUAUUCAGGAUUGAAGAAGAGGGGGCGCACUGCAGUUCCACAUCCGCGUUCGCUUCUGAAGGUGAUGCCUUUCAGCAUCCCAGUGGGGAACUUGUUGGAGGCGGAGGUGCAACUAGUCCUAGUACUAGUGGGAAUUGUGCUAGUACUUCUGCCUCGCGGGUCGUGGAUGAUGUUGUUCAGGACGUGAAAAUGCUAGGAUUACCAGUGCUGCCGGGAGACGGAGAUCAUGUUAAGGGAGAUUUUCGCGACGGUUCCGAAGAUGACGGCUCGUUCUUCUCCGAGGAUGACAGAAGUAGAGCCGCUUCUCCUUGUUCAGCGGUUCAAGCUCCAGGUUUUUGGUACAAUAAUUACCGUGGAGGUCCUGGCGGAAGUACUUCUAGAUCCAGGGGCCAUGGGAGUACAACUUCGAAAUCACGACUCGCCGAACACAGACGCAUGCGCAAGAUCCCGCCGUCCUCGCAAAAGAUUUCUGAAAGUACUAGCGACGAAGACUGCGAAGAAGAACUACAGGUGGAACAAGACGGAGGACAAGUGCGGCGCACCAUCCGUGAAGUAGAAGACCCCGGGGCGAUUUUUGUGUGCCAGACACCCAUGCCGGACGUGCUUGACCACGCGCCGGGGAAGGUUCUUGGGCAGAUGUCGUUUCUGCACCGAGGAGGAGAUCCACUUCCGCAGCGAAAACCAUCUUCCUCUUCCCUCGCCACGACGACAACACUAUUUCAUCGCGAGAACAGCACUCUUUCAAGAACGGGCAGCACCGGAAGUGCUGCCAGUGGCAGUCACACUGGACUGUCGGAUCUCGUCUCGAUUGCCAAUGACGCGAGUAUAGGACCGCCGCACGAGGAGGACGUGCCACCGUUCUACUUUUCUACAGGAGCAGCUGCGUCAGAGCACCAGGGGCCGUAUGUGAAACAGGAGGUGCGUGGCGAAGGGACCAUUUCCAGUGGUCCGCAAUAAAAAUGAUAGAUUUAUUUCUCAGAUCAUGAUCAGCAAAUAAGAAUAACACAAAAUUAAAAAGAAAAAGUGAGAGUGGUACUAGAACCCUCUGUGUGCGGCCGUCUCUGGAUAAAGUCUUGGAACGUUACGCGGUGGCAAGGCGGGUCUGUCUACUUAUUGUUUCACAUGCUACAAACCACACCAGCGGGACGACUUUCCUAGACCAAGAACGGCGACACGCAUGAACAAAAUAAUGAUUCCAUGGAACUAUAAUAGAACGAAACCUCAGCGCCACAUUGGGAUUCAUUAUUACCAGGAACAAGUACUAGCAUUAUAGUUUUUGAAGGUUCUUCUACAAAUAUGAAAUCAAAUAUCCUGAUGCAGAGCAGGCGGCGGCUGCAUUUACAUAUACAUAGUACUCGAGCAUAAUUGCGGAGCAGUCUUUUGUUUCUGUAUACCAUGGUGAUCAGUUGAACUUGCUUCGGGUUCUGAUCGCGUCGACAGUCGGCCAGAGGCGGACGGCUGGCGUAAGUAUCCGUGUGAUAUUUUUACACAUCAAUUCACUAGAAGUAGAGCAGGCGGCCUCUUCUUUGUUGUAUAUUUUUACAUAAAAAUUCGAUGACACUCAGAAAGUCGCUUGCAAUCGAUCGACUAAAAAACGUGACAGAUGAGGACUAGGAAGUAAGCAGCGGAAGAAACACUACAUCUAGAAUGCGAGCCCGAGCGCGAAUUCGUGUAUGAUCUUGUAGCGUUCAGGUGAAUAAGUAGGAAUACUCAGGCAGCAAGAACCCAAAAAUGAGAAAUGACACAAUUAGCGCAAAUACCAUUCGCGGCAGUACUUUAUUUCUGGAUACGAACUGACGCCGACAAGCCGCGCGCUUUGGUUCUAUCUUAGAGGCAGGAAAGCAGCUUACUUCUCUGACGUGGUCUUCGUUUUAGCUCUCUUUUCUUUAAUAAAACUUGAUAGUUGAUACGAGUUUUUGUUUUGGUCUUCCUUCUCUGGUGCGUAGAGUUACGGGAGUACUGUAUCUGUGCCUGUUAUUGACAUUUUCUUCGGUAGUUUUCGACGUGUGAUCUCGGCUAAAAAAAGAAAAAGGCUAAAAACCAGUCCAAAUGAGAAUUCCGUAAGAUCUUUAUAUUUGCGGCGUGGAUGCAGCAGCAAAUGCUCAUUCUCGGCCGUUCUAAACAAUAAAAAUUGUAAAGUAAGUAUUCCAUCGUUCUUUGCUUUUUCUUUUCUUUCUGACUGACUUUUCUUGUGCGUCUACAGUAAUAACUUGAUGGAACUUUUCCAAUAAAAAAGUUCAAAGUAUUUGGUUACUUUGUCCUUAGAAUUUUCCCGAGGUCUCGUUGCGCAAGUUCCUUCUAGUGAGUCUUUCACCAAUUAGUACAGUCUGCAUGUGCUAGCUGACGGCGACGCCGGAUGUAGCUCUACUUCAUAAUUGCUUUAGCGUAGCUACACCAACAUCAACAUGACCAUUGUCAUGUCUUGAUAUCAUGUGAAGGUAUCGUUCUCGCUUUUCCUUUUACCAUCGACAUUGCUUGCUCCUGCCCUCUUGCUCUUGCGAAAACGAAUUGUUCGUAAUUAUAAUUUUCAUCAUACCGCGUCUAUUUCUAAAACUAAAAGAAGUUUUGACCACGCUUCGCGAAUGUUUUGACUUCUUGAGCGAACAAAAGUGGUGGUCCCUUUGAAGAAAAUACUUACUUAUUUGAUUUCUCCGCCAUCUUUCAAAAAGCCAAUAGGCAUCCAGUUCCAGGCAUCUUAUGAAAAUUGUGUGUAGAUGUAGAUCCUACUUUCAAGCUCCCCGCCAGUGCGGGAAUUAUUUUUUCAAAGCGAUGCUUUUGCGCCUUGACAGCGUGUUAUUGCACGUUCCUCUUCGGCGUUUCAAUUCCACUCGUUCCGUAGCUCUUUUGAAAAGAAGACCGACGAAAGCUAGAAAGUCUAUGCGUUUCAUUUUUCAAAAUCGGUUUCAGUUUAUUCUUGUUUAAAGAAGAAAAAAAUGUCACGAUAUUGUUAGGUUUUGCAAGUGACAACAGCGCGCACGACUCCACAGGCCCUAAUUUUUUGAAAUAUUCUAGCACCGACUAACGCAAGAAAAGGACAUGCUCCUCACUGUACAAAGUCUGAACAACUUUCGACUUCUUUUUACUUAAAGAAUAUAGCCACCGCCACCUCCGCUAUUAACUAAGCGAUUGCAUUUGCUCCGACGUGCUUACCCCAUUGAGAACAAAGAACCUUUCCGCUUACACUGCUAGAUCUUGUGCGUCAACGUCUUCCUCUCGCCGGACAGAAACUACUCGUAAAAAUCGUGGUCUAGACACGAUGAAGCAAAAAUUUUCCCGGGGGAACGCGCUCGACGAGGACUCGCAAAUAAACGAAUGGAAUACAACAUCGAAAUAAUCUUCCUAAUAAAUGAACCAAUACAAAUCGUUUUCAACUUUUUUUCUCUUCUGCUGAAAAAGACAUACAAUAGAAUCUCAAAACUUACCAAGGAACAACUCGACGGACGACGAAAUGAU